CACUGGCUGACUGCGUUUUGAAGAGGGAAGAACGAAGAAGACCCGCAACGGCAUAACCUCUUCGCCCGCGCCGGAGUCUCUCGCCGCUGGCUUCAGAAACGAAGAUCGCCGCCUCAGCCUCUCGCCGCCGGCUUCAGAGAAGAAGAGGGGCACCGCCUCUCUGCAGCCUCUCGCCGUCUCUCACCGCCGCCCUCUUCACCGCCUCUCGCUGCUGCCCUUUCUGAAGCUUGCCGCUGCAGGGCCGUCGCCUACCACUGCCGCCCGCCGCCGCAUCCUCCCUCUUCCGCCUCUCGCCGCCGCCGCACAGCCUCCUCUCAGUGGUAUAUUUGGUGUGCCAGGGACUAAGGAAGCAAGCGAGGCACAAGGGAAAGAAUCAGUGGACGUUUAAACAUUAUCUUAUCAUUUUAUGUAAUUCUAUUCGGAAGUGUGUGACUUGAUCGGUUUUCUUAUGGGAUCUAGUGUAACGCCUCCUCAACUCAAAUAUUUAGGCAUUCUCCAAUUUAUUGAAAUGGAAACAAAGACAGCAAGUUCUGAGUCAGAAGAGAAAUACUGUUGCUUUGACUCACUAUCAGAUUCAAUUUUGAACAAGAAGACUGAGAAGAAGAAGAAGAAGAAGGGUGUAGACAUAGCUGGAUACCCAAUCGAAGGUCUGUCAAUAGCUGGUCAUGAGACUUGCAUAAUACUUCCAACUCUCAACUUGGCUUUCGACAUUGGCCGGUGCCCACAACGAGCCAUUUCCCAACAAUUUCUCUUCAUAUCCCACGGCCACAUGGAUCACAUUGGAGGACUUCCUAUGUAUGUGGCAACUCGUGGCUUGUACAGGAUGGCUCCUCCAACUAUUAUUGUACCAUCAGCUAUAAAAGAGAACGUGGAAAAAUUGUUUGAGGUUCACAGGGCAAUGGACCAAUCAGAGCUGAAACAUAAUCUAGUUGGCUUGAAUGUGGGAGACGAAUUUUAUUUGAGAAAGGAUCUUAAAGUAAGAGCCUUUAAGACUUAUCAUGUCAUACCUAGCCAGGGUUAUAUAAUUUACUCUGUAAGACAAAAACUUAAGCAAGAGUAUAUUGGUCUCUCAGGCAGUGAAAUUAAGAACUUAAAGUCAUCAGGCAUGGAGAUUACAUACACAAUUACGAUGCCUGAAAUUGCUUUUACGGGAGACACAAUGUCAGACUUUAUCAUUGAUGAUGCUAAUAUUGAUGUCUUGAGAGCAAAGAUUCUCAUUAUGGAGAGCACCUAUGUGAAUAACAUAGAGACAGUGGAGAAUGCAAGAGAUUAUGGGCAUACUCAUCUGUCUGAGAUAGUCAGUUAUGCGGACAAAUUCCAGAAUACCGCAAUUCUUUUGAUCCACUUCUCAGCAAGAUAUCAAGCAGAUGAAAUCCAAAAUGCUAUGUCCACAUUGCCUCCAUCUCUCACAGGCCGAGUUUUCACGCUAACAGAAGGAUUCUGAGGAAAAAUGGGAUGGAUUCAAAAGUUGGAUUGGGUUUUUGUCAACCUCAAGUUUUUGUUGAUCCCAUGAAUCCAAUUUCCUCAUCCUGACAGAACCAGCACUGCAGAAAUAGAUUCCUUCCCGGAUUCACCACUUAAGUUCAACCUUCAUUGUACUGAUGGCUUUUCUAGACAGGUGAUUGUUUAAGAUGCUUGGGGGAAGCUUUUGUGUAUGUUCUCAGCGGUGUAAUUAUGGCUCUACUUAGCACGAACUUGUUUUGUUCUCAAAUGGCAUAACUAGAAGACAGUUUUCGUAGUAAUAAAAAGCCUUGGGUGACUGUAGUUCACUUGUUUUCAUUGCAAGAGAUAGGCUUGCCAACUUUUCUUAUCAGAUAUCCUUCUGAUGCCUCUUAAC